GUCUGCGUCUAGCCUGAAAAUACUAUGUGCUAGGGAACGUGUGUUGUAGUGCGAGAAUCUGAGUUCGAAAAGAACAAAAGUAGCAGUUAACAGACAACUCUUUAAGUAAAUGGAAUGCAAAAUCAAGGCAAUCAGAACCAGUUAGCAACAAAAAAGGAGCUUCGAACGCACUGCAGUCUGUUUUUCUGAAGGUCACGCCACCGAUACACUUCUGUACGUCCCACACUUGGGACUCGUCCAUGCCUUUCGUUCCAUACACUGGUCACAAAUUGUUUCAGGAAACUGCAUAACAAACUUCUGCGAUUUUAAUGGCGAUGGAAAAAAAGGUCAAACAUCAACAAAACGGUGUUCAUGCCAAAGCACAGAUAAAAAUAAGAGAAAAAAUGGAACGCGAUCAACUUUGCUUUUGGAGGUCUCCCUUGCUAACGAUGUAUUAUUUUGUCUGGGAGUGUAUAUUUAGAUUCGCUCAACUGCGUUUUACUUUUGCCCGAAACAAGACUAGAUGCGUUUUUGCUAUCAGCGUAAUGAUAUUAUUUGUUGUUUUAGACUGUUUGGAUGGUCCUCAUUCUCAAACUUUUGAUCUCAUAAAAUCAACCUUCUUGUGGUGGUCGUGGUGGAUUUGGCUUGGGUUUCUAUCGUCGUGCGGAUUCGGCACUGGUUUACAUACUUUUGUCUUGUAUCUAGGUCCGUUUAUAGCUGAAGUUACAAUGAGUGCAUAUGAAUGUAAAACACUUGAAUUUCCAAGCCCACCUUAUCCCGAUAGAAUUAUAUGCCCGGAUAAUCCAAAUCUAAAUGAAAGAAUCACAUUUUGGAAAAUUAUGCGGAAGGUGCAAAUGGAGUCAAUUAUGUGGGGCUUGGGGACUGCGCUUGGUGAAUUACCUCCUUAUUUCAUGGCUCGAGGUGCUAGACUUUCCGGUGAAUACAACGAUGAAUUGUCGGAUUUACAGGAAUCCAUUUUGUCAAAUCAAGAUGCUGCAAAUCUUUCAGACCAACCAGUUACUUUUCAAAAGAAAGCUGAACGUUUUCUACAUCAUCUAAUCAUGAGAGCCGGUUUUAUUGGAAUAUUACUUUGCGCCUCUAUUCCUAAUCCACUGUUCGAUUUAGCUGGGGUAACAUGUGGACACUUUUUGGUGCCGUUUUGGUCUUUCUUCGGAGCAACUUUUAUUGGCAAAGCCUUGAUCAAAGUUCAUCUACAACAGUUAACUGUGAUCGCUUUAAGUUCUGAGCACCAUGUAGAAACACUAGUUGAGUUAAUUGGUCGUAUUCCGGUGUAUGGUAAGCAAUUGCAAUCCCCGUUUCUUGAAUAUCUACAACAGCAAAAGGCUAGUCUACACAAUAAAGAAUUUAAUGGACAACAGACUUGGCUUCAGUUUGUGUUAUUUAUCCUGAUAUCUGGACUUAUACUAUCGUUUCUGUUAUCCAUUAUUCAAGCGUUUGCAAAGAGUUAUCAUCGCAGAUUAUGCGAGUGGCGGAGGCUUGCAGAUGGGGAAAUUCAAAGUAAAGAUGAAUAAUACUCUAUAUGAAAAAUUGUGUUAGUUUUGACUUUUGAAGUUAUUUCAUUCCAUAUUAUGCACCAGUAGAUAAUUUCUGAAAGGUUAUAAUAUAUGUUACCUCGUAAAAUGUGAUCUUUUUAUUUACUUAAUGUUUUAUAACAAAGAGUGCUUCUAAUUAAUUUACGCGGUAUUUUAUACAACCGUGUAAUUUUCACCUUCCGCCUGGCAUUUUCAUCCAGAUUGUGUUCAUUGUAACUUUUUUAGAGAACAAGUGUUUCUGUACUCAAUUUUUCGAACUACAUUUUGUACCAAAAUCAAUAUGGACUAUUUUUGAUUGUAGUUUUUCUCCAACGUGACUAUUCAGAAACACAUGUACAAAGUUUCUUGUCUUCUAUGAGUGUUGUUAUAUAUUUCUUCUGUUUCAAAGAAUGUUUAUUUGUUUGCACUCACCUCAUUUGAGAGAAAUAAAUAUUUGUAUUAUUUGUCAAAA